GUCUUUUGCUGUUUAAACUGCUGAAAGUUGUCGAAAUUAGUAUUUACAGGUGCUUAGGAAGGUGAAUAUCAAUAUGGGUGGUCACUAUGGAGCCAAAAUGAAUGGCCAACAAACACUGAACAUGGCACCAAAGGGACCCAAUCUGCUGAUGCAAAGAAGAGGUGGGCCAAUAUUAGGGUCAAUCAAAAGCAAUAAAACAUAUGGCAGUAAUCGUUCACAUAAAGACCAAAAGACCAAGUCUGUCUCAAGAGCUUAUAUUGUUUCAUCAGACGAAGAAGAAGAAGAUGCGAGACCCAAGAAAAUGUCCAAGGUGGACGCGAUUUCAGUUGAUGAUGAGGAUGAUGAUGAUAUUGAAGUUUUAAAGGACACGAACUCUGACGUUAGUGAGGAUGAACAGGAAAGGAAAGUCAAAACGUUCAAAAGAAGUCGUAAAGACGGUACCACUGAUUUGUUUGGUGGCUUUAAAUCCAACGCGGUGAAGAAAGUUAAAACAGACAAGAAUGGAAAAAUUGAAGACAAAUAUAAGCUUCCAAAAGAUGAUUUUGGCCAAAAGAUAAAACAGCGAAAGCUUCCUAUUGCAAUGCCAUUUUCCAAAUCCACGAUUGGUAAAAAGAAAAAAGAUGAAGAUGAGGGUUUGGAUGCAUUUAUGACCGAAGAAGAACGUAAACUAAUGAAAGGUAAUAAGUCACUUAUGGAUAAAUUAAACCAAAAACCAAAUUUAGGUGACCCUCAAUUCAACUCAUUACAAAAACCAGGUACAUCCAUACCAAAAAAACUAGAAAAAGAGAAACAAUUGAAAAAAUCGUUAACUGAAGAAGAAUCCAAAACUGAAAAUGCUAGUAAUAAGUUUAGUAAACUUGUCCAAGGAUUAAGUAGCACUGGUUCAAAUGAAGAUUUUGCUAAAAAAUUGAUUAAGAAUAAAGUUGUUAAAAGACAAGAAGAAGAACAAGAAAGAAACAUUUUGGAAAUUGAUCUUGAUGAAGAAAUUGAUUCUGGUUUGAGGAAUAAUUUUGAAGAAUUUGAUGAAGAGAAAAAUUUCAGAAAACAAAGAAAAAUCGUGGAGAAAAAAUAUGAUGGUAAAAUAUAUCCAGGUGCUUUAAAUAAACAAGAAUUGGAAGCUAAAGCUCAAAAACAUUUGAAAUGUGUUCCAAAGAUCUUGAGUGGGCAAAUUGAAUCUCCUUAUUAUGGGCAUGCUUCAGAUAUUGCUAAAAACUCAGCAUCUACAGUUCUUUCAUCAAGUGAAUUCUUGAGAUUACCUAUUGGUGAAUUUACUAUUGGAUUUUAUGGUGCCAAGAGACAGGCUGUUAUUGCUUCAUUGAUCAAAAAUACAUUUGAAGAUGAAUUGAAUAAAGCUUUAUUAACUAAUAGAACCAUGAAGUUUUGGUCGAAAGAUUCAUUUGUUUUAUAUGUUUUAGCUUGUGAUGUUGCAGUUAGAAUGGCAGCCAGUGAUUUGGACAUCUCCACUGGUGAGGCAUUUGAUGUAUUAUUUGAUACAGUUGACUAUGGGAAGUAUAUUACGGAUCCAGUACCAGUAUAGAGGUAGCAUGAGAAAAAAGCAUUAGUACAUAGCAUUUAAUUAAUU